AUGGCCUCGCGCUCCGCCAUCAUAGGUGGCAGUGGCACAGCGGCCGGCCACCACCUGCUCGACAUCGAGGGAUACUCGCACACCAAGGAGACCCCCACCGGCACGUUCAUCAGGUCCAACCCUUUCCGCGCGGUGGAUCACUCGUGGAGCAUCCUGUACUACCCCAAUGGCCAAGACUCCGACAGCAGCGAGUACAUAUCUGUCUUCCUCCGUCUCGACGACGAGCACGUCACCGUGCCCGUGAAGGCGCGAGCCACGUUCAGCCUGCUGGACCGGGCAGGGAAACCUGUGCUGUCGCACACCCGGAACACAGGUGUGCACCACUUCUCGGGCAAUAAUGCCUGCGGCUAUCCUCGAUUCAUCAGGAGGGCAUACCUGGAGAAGUCGGAGCAUCUCGAGCACGACCGGUUCACCGUCAGGUGCGACGUCUUGGUUGCCAAGGAGUUCCGCACGGAGAGGAAACUGCCGGCGUCGUCAUCUCCCCCGUUGGUUAGGUCGCCGGCAGAGGUCUUUGGCAGGAUGAAAGAGGGCACGGACGGGGCGGUCAUACGCGUCGAUGACAUUGACACACAGGUGUUCAAGACUUUGCUAGAUUUUGUGUACGCCGACAUGUUGCCAGAUUGCUCGAAGAAUGUGACGAAGGACAAAGAAGGUGCUGCGAUGGCUCAGCACUUGCUUAUCGCAGCCGAUAGAUACAACCUGGAGAGGCUGAAGCUCAUCUGUGAAGACAAGCUCUGCGACCACAUUGACACAGACUCCGCUGCCACCAUCUUGACAUUAGCUGAGCAGCACCAAUGCCAUGGCCUUAAGGAGGCCUGCUUCAGGUUCCUGAGCACCCCGUCCACUCUGAAUGCUGUGAUGGAAAAGGAUGACUUUGAUCAUUUAACUAGAAGCUGCCCCUCAGUUUUGAAACAGCUCAAGUCAAAUAUUGCUGCUCGUCUGCCAGGUGAAUUUGGUGAAGCGAGAUAA